AUGCCCUGCUUUAAAGGGAUUGCCGUUAGCAUACAUGCCAACGGUGCUCCUCUUCCCGAGCAUGGUAUGCAAAAGCAGUCACGACUGUCACGCAUCAGCACCUAUAUACCCGUGCCUCAGCCAAGCAUCAACCCCGAUUCGAACAAGCCCGAGCCUGCCAAGUUCGCCAUUUCAAUUACCCUCUUGACACCCGGCUUGCCGAUCCCGUACUCGACUCCGAAGUCCACCGAGACGAACCCUUAUCCCAAGCCCCAGUUCGUCGGAGGCCUGCCCACCGCCGCUCAAGGUCCUUCGAAGUUCUCCGGAGUCGUCAACCCCUAUAUUCCCAUGACCAAUUCUGAGAAUGAGACGAUAGCCGCCUACAUAUACUUUGACGGAAGAUCCAAGGAGGAAGUCGCCACGCUUCUGCGACCGGGUGAGGAGACCUGGGUCAACAGUCGUUGGGUUCAGGUACCCGAUUCUGAAGGCGGAGGUCUUGCUGAGCGCGAAUUUUUAUUCCGCGAAGUCGGCUUGGAGCGUUGGCUUAACGGCUUGGACCUUCAAGGUCACGAUGCGGCAGAGAAGCUGGAACGUCGCCGUCAAAAGUUCGAGAAGCGACGCAGGAGACAAAAGACUACGACUGGAGCGACAAGCAUGCAAGUUGAGGAAGGCCCCAACGGCCCCAGAGACACUCUGCGCUACGGUGCCGAGGACGGAUCUCCUGUUGAGGCUGUCUUUGGCGAAGACGACUCUGACUCCUUAUCCGACGAUGACGAGAUCCCCGAGGCAACUGGACAGAUCAAGGUGCUGAUGUUCCGUGUGCUUGCUUCUGGCGAAAUAAAAAAAGGAGAAUACUCUCCACAGUUCGAUGCUCAUGACGACGACGAUGACGCGGAGUCCGGAAAGCAAGGCAAUGGGAAGAGCGGCGUCGAUGCUGACGUGGAGCACACUACAAGCUUUGCCAAGCCCAAGACGUUGGAUCCGAAGACUAUUAGUACUCAGACCGUGACGGGUAUCGAUGGCCCCGACAAGCCAUAUGCUUCUUUCACAUUCUUCUACCGCGGGGAGAGGCAACUCCAAAAGAUUGGCAUCAUUGCUUCUUCAAAGGCAGCCCAGGCAACGCCGGGAUCUGCCAAACGCCGGUCUGGGCAGCUAGACUUUUCAAGCCUCGGCCCCUUGAAGACCUCUGGCACCGUUGGAUUUUCUGCCUUCAGAGACCAGGAUACAGAGGCCACCAGACGACGGAAAGCCCGCAAGAAGAGCAAUGGCAAUAUUGGGGGAGCUCUCAAUGACGACAGUGACGACGAUGACGACGAGAGUGAACUUCUUGGAAAGAUGCAGGAUAUUGAUGAAAAGGACAUCAAUAACAAGCUCGCCCCCGAGGACGUUAGAUCUCAAGGGGAGCUUGCUGAUGGUGUGAACCGUAUUCGACUUAAGAGAGCACAUUCAGCCGAGCCCGACCGCUCCGAGAACGCAGGUGCCACCAAUAACUCUGUAAACUCGGGCGCGUUCGGUAAUCCGUUGAUUGGCGCUGCAAGCGCUGCAGGCAAUGGCCAUGUUUCCGAGGGCGUGAACCAGGACCCUAGCAACGACGCUACGAUAGAGGGAACAAUUGGGAGCCCCUUGAAGAAACAUCGGCCGAGUAUUUCUGGCGGCGAUGAUCAAAUCCGAGCCCAGUCAAAUAACUCAGGUUUGAGCGAUGUCAUGAACCGUGGGGUCCCUACACAGACAAAUGCGCCGGCCACCUCGGGUACCAAUGUCGACGAGGAAGAGCUGUGA